UUUACUCCCGUCCCCUGCCGCCGCCGGCCGCCCCGCCACACUCCCCGACGGAGCUCCGGGGGGGAGGCGGCGAUCUAGACCGCCCCCCGCCCCCCGCCCCGGACACCCUCGCGCUCCCAUGGCGCCAACCGCUCUGCCGUGCCUGAGCAUUUUCUUUUCCCGCAGACGCCACCGCUGCCGUCCCCGUCUCCGGUAGCUCGCCGCCGCACCGAGAAAGGAUUCCUUCCGAGCACAUGGAUAUGGAUUGCUCGCUGGUACAGAUCCGGCAACGAGGAGGCGAGAACUAAUUCAGUGAGGCAACUUUUUACCAUGGCUUGUACACCAGUUUGCAGUCUGUCGUGGAAUCUGAUGCCAUGCCCUGGCAAUACACUACAUGGUGACAGUAGCAAAUUAGCUAACUGUAAGUCGAGCGGCAAUUUCUGAAACACACAAAUGCCACCACAAGGUGACUGAUGACGGCUUUCCGUCAGGUGUGCCGACCACCACAUUGCAGACAAUUGCGAUGUUUCACAUGGUUCAGAAUGUUGAGCCUUCAUGUGGAUACUUGGCCAUGACUCCUUUGGGAAGCUGGCGUCCGGGGCCAAAUGAUUAUUAUGCAAGUUAUGAUUAUGAAGAUAUUGUAAAAUUUAUGAGGGAUGGGUUUGCUCUUAGAUUUCCUUUCCCAGCUCCAGAAUGGACAUAUUCUUGGAUCCUCAAGACAUGCCUGGAAAAUUCAAGGAGCAGAUGUCUAGUUCAAGCAUCCAAAAUAAGAUUUCUGUGAUUUUUGCCAUCGACGUGCGUUUCUUGGGAUGUGUAAAAAACAACUCCUUGUCUAAAUACACUAAAUUGUAUUGGGCUGUGUUAGUCAUAGUAUCUGCUAUAAGUAUCAUGAAGCUCAUUAUCGUGUUGGCAGUACUAUCCAGGUUAGACUUUGCACCGUUGUCUGUAUUGAUCUUCCUUGCCUACAAGUACUGGCAAACAAAGAUAUCAGUUGACGCAGUUGAGAGGUUCCUCCAGAUGCAACUAGCCCUUGGCCCAACAAGGUACGCUUACACAGACAUCACUGCGAUCACUAGCCACUUCAAAGAGAAGUUGGGACAAGGAGGCUAUGGGUCUGUGUACAAAGGUGUGCUUCCUGGUGACGUCCAUGUUGCCAUCAAAAUGUUGGUCAGUUCCAUGUCCAAUGGAGAAGAAUUCAUCAGUGAGGUGUCCAGCAUCGGAAGCAUACACCAUGUCAAUGUAGUGCGUCUGGUGGGUUUCUGCUCAGAGGAAAUGAGGAGGGCUCUUGUUUAUGAGUACAUGCCCCAUGGAUCUCUUGAGAAGUACAUCUUCUCGCCAGAGAAGAGUUUCUCAUGGGACAAGCUCAAUCAGAUUGCUCUGGGCAUUGCCAGAGGGAUCGACUACCUGCACCGAGGGUGUGAUAUGCAGAUGUUACACUUCGACAUCAAGCCGCACAACAUCCUGUUAGACAGUGAUUUCACCCCAAAAAUUGCUGACUUUGGGCUGGCGAAACUGUACCCCAGGGACAACAGCUUUUUGCCAGUGAGUGCUGCCCGGGGAACAGUUGGUUACAUAGCUCCUGAGAUGGUGUCCCGUAGCUUUGGCGCCAUAUCCUCCAAGUCUGAUGUCUACAGCUUCGGGAUGUUGUUGCUAGAGAUGGCCGGAGGACGGAGGAACGUGGACCCACAAGCGUCAAGAAGCCAGACGUACUACCCGUCAUGGGUGUACAAUCAGCUGUCUCGGCAAGAGGCUGUUGGUAUCCAUCAGGUGGAGAGGAAGCUGUGCGUCGUUGCGCUUUGGUGCAUCCAGAUGAAGCCAGACGAUCGACCGGCCAUGAGCGAGGUGCUAGACAUGCUCGAAGCUGGCAUCGAUGGCCUGGAGAUGCCUCCUGAGCCCUUCUUCUGCGGGGACGAGUAUGCUCCUGCUGCAGAUUCUUCAGUAUUAUCAGAGUUAAGUACAUUAUCGGAGUGAAAUACCUGUACAUCGUAGUUUUGGACCAAAUUUUAUCCCCUAGGCAGCUCAGGUGCGCUCAGCGAGUCAAUAUUUGUGUGCAAUGUGAAGAAGAUACUCUUUUUCUUAAUACAAAGAGGAGACAUCGAAAAUGAUGAUGCAAAUUGUAAAUGUGAACCUAGAGAGAACUGCUUUCUGUAAAAUAAUCCCAUUGGUGCUGUUGUUACUGUUACUGUA